AUGAGAUCUUUUCUCAUUUUUCUCGCGCUCGGGAUCAGCUCCGAAUGCUUCAUCGGUGAGUGUCUCAUUCUGAUAUUUUUUCCCCCUGUGAUGUUUCAAGGUGUAAGUUCUGUUUGAGGUAGGCUCUUGCGUCUCUGAACACCCCAUAAAUAUUUUUCAAACUGAUAAAACAUGAAAAGUCAAACUAAAUUUUUUUAAAUGAAGUUUCACAACAUUGCUCAAAAAAAUUGAUGAUGAAAAAGAUUAAGAAGAUAAAGUUUAUUGAAAGAAUUUUCGAAAAAUUGCUCAAACUCACAGUAAGUGACAAAAAAAGAUAGUGUAAGUAAAAAAAGUUAUUGUAAGUAACUUUUUUUAAAACUGUAUUUGUUGUUGUUUCUUUUUUUGGAAACAAAUCUUGAAUUAUCUUUUUAUUUUAUUUCAUACUGAAGAUUCGUUUUGGGAAAAAUUCGAGUUUUGCGACGAACAAGAAAAACGUGAUUUUUUUGACGUUAAAAAGAAACAGGUUGCGUGGUUCUCGGCUUUCGUAAUUCUCGAGAGAAAAACGAGAAGGCCAGCAAAUGAUAUAAUGAUGAAGAUCCUAGCUUAAAGAUCCAGAAAACCCUUUUUUUCUUAAAUUUAUAUAUUUCGGUUGAGGAUCUGGUCUAAAAAAAACUUUAAAUUUAUUACACUGACUACAUCACAAUUUGACAAGUAAUUUCUAAGUUCGACGUCAUCGAAGAGGAGCCGAUGCUGAGGCUCCGAUGGCAAGACGUCUGAGCAGUGAAAUCCGCAGGAAACAGCCUCUGAUUCUGGAACUUUUAGGUUCAUUCAUUUGGUUCAAAUGCUGAAAACUGUGUUGUGCUAUUCAGGUCCACUGGCGUUUGGCAAGAAAAAUGGAGACGAUGCAAAGGUGAACCUACCAAUGAUUGGAAAGUUUGGCUUAGGAGAUGUCACUCAAACCGUUGCCAAGUUCACUCCAGGUUUUGCUUUUUCGAACAAAGUACGAUAUAAUAGGAAUUUUUCGAUACAGAGGGCAUGGAAAACCAACCUCUGAAUGCGGGAACCUUCGACCUGGGCGAUACUCCGCAACUUGGCUACAUGGAUCGGGAAACUACGAUGGGAAAGAGUUCUGGUAGCUCCAGCAAGGUCAAACCAUUCUAGUCCAGUUCUGUUACGAUGAAUUCUCUUCCAGAUGUCGAUUGGAGGUCUAGGAAAAAUAGAACUGGGCGAGGCUUCCGAACAAGGAACCGGCCUUCUGGAUUUCUCCAAGUCACGUGAGCGACUGAGCUUCAGCGGAGCAAACUUCGCAUUUACAGUGUUCCCUUUCCUCGAGCUGCCGCCGCUCAAGAACGAUACAACUCCUGAUUAUACAAACUCGAAUGUUGAUCCGUCGCUUGGAAACAUUUACUACCCCAAGUCUAGAUCAUACCUGAACGAUUUGGAGUAUAAAGUUUCUACAGCUGAAAAUCCAUCCGAAGUCCUUCUUCCUAUCUCGUCGACGGUAAAUUUCCUUUUUAUUGAAGAACCUAUUUUUUUUCUUCAGAAAGGAAGAUAUCCGAAAUUGGUAGGAAACUCGGAGGAAUCACCCUUGGAAAACCCAUACGAAAGCAGCAAACCAUCGCCUUUUCGUCAAAAAGCCUUCGCUUCUCGGACAGAACAGGUGACAAAAGCUGUUAUCUGUUGAAAAAGGUUGAAAGGUGGAAGACAAAGAUCUCCUGGGAGCGUCGGAAGACGACGACGAAGACGAGACUCCGAAGAAAGAAGGCUUCAUAGCCCAGAAAGGAAAGCAAGUCGAUACCGAAGAGUCUGUCAGCCCCGAUUUACUCAACGCUCAGCAAAGAGUUGCCCAGGUACCCUUCAAAGGUCUGCGAAGAGAUGGAUAUCAUUGCAGGUGACAUCUAAAAAGUCGCUAAAUUCUCUCGGUCUGUCAGCUAGAGAAGUGUACGCGUUGUGUGCAAAGUUCGCCCCAGUUGCCAACCUCGUAGGUGCAAAAACUCGUCGCUUCUUUAUUUUAUACUCCAGCACUGCUAUAAAAGCAAAGUGGAAUCACAGUUUCUGGAAAGAUGCCGUGGUUACCUGCAAGACUGUGCUGACUUCAACGCGAAGGUUUUGUCACCAAAAUGGUCUUCAACCUGUUUCUGAGCAGGCACGUCCUUUGGGUGCGAUCGCCAAUUCUUUCUCGUCGGGCGUCGGACUCACUUAUUACGAUUGGGCGGUCAACGGGAUCCCUUACUACGCUGUUAACGAAGAAGGCGGCGUCGGCAACGGACACCACGGGAAAGUCGACUUCGGCAGUUGGGGCGGCGGCUACUCGGACAACCUCGGCGUGAGGGACUACUGGUCUGGCACACAGGAGUACGGAGCCAACUGGUACGAAGGUGAGAUCGUCUUUUUCGUUCGAAACGAAGAAAACCCUUUGCUUCCAGGACUGUACGGCUACAAAACUGGCUGGAGCGUUCCUUUGGUUCAGUCACUGGGAGUUGAAGGUGGUCAAGGGGCUCAGGUGAACAGAAAAAAGAAAAGUAGGAAAAUAGUUGGACUUGAGGUGUCAGUUCCGAUAAAGGAAGGCGAGCUGGGACGUCCGAUUUCCAUAACCAACGGCUACCACGUCGGUCCUUACAUUGGCCUCGCGGAUCGGGUCGGGGUUGACUGGCUCAAUGGAGGCGUUUCCUUCAACAAGGUCAUCAUAUACAAAAAAGAUGUUUGCUAAAAAGGUUAUCAUCAAGAAGGUAAUCAAAAGUUCUGAGUGAAAGCGAUUUGAAAAAUGUUACCUUUUGUUUUAUCUCGUAAAAUGAUUUUUUUUCUAUAUAUUUCGGCAAAUUGGUGAAGUUGUCUUUUUUGAUGUCCCCGAUUCAACCUCCCCGGAUAUAUAUUUCCAACUGCCAACUGAUUCGUCGAGAGGAUUUACAGGGAUUCGCUGUGCCACUGAUCGGCGUCGGAGUGAACUCGGGAGUCGGCGUCGGAUUUCCGUCGGUCGGCACGAUAAUGCAGAAGAUGGGGCUGAACGGCGUCGAGACGCUCAACCUGAUGGCCCAACAAGCGGCGGCCGAAACUGCCGAGGCUGCCAACAACCGCGGCACGUUCUCCAGCAGCAGCUCCAGCUCGACGCGGAUUUCAGCGCGACCUGCUCCCGUUGUCCAAGUUCCUUCUAUUCACAGUUUGCUCAAUCGCUAUCGAUACUAA